ACGCAUACAACAUAUAGCGCUGAAAUCCACAGAGAGAGAGAGAGAGAGAGCAGGAGAAACGAAAACCCUAGAUAGCACAUCAUCGUUUGGGUGUUUACAGAUCACGAAAUGGAUGCGGAGGACGAGGCAACUGGACAUAUGAUCGAGGAGGAGGAGAUAUACGUUAAUGGCGGUGAAGAUGGUGACGAGUCAAAGCGUCACAGGCCAAUCAUUAGUGGCGAGCAACUAGACAUCGAGGCGUAUGCGGCGCUGUACACUGGCCGCACGAAGAUCAGUCGGCUUCUUUUCAUCGCGGAGAAAUGCGGCAACGCUUCGAUGCAGUUGGAUGCCCUGAGGAUGGCUUACGACGAGAUUAAGAAGGGGGAGAACACGCAGCUGUUCAGAGAGGUUGUCGCGAAGAUUGAUGGUCGUUUGGGUCCCAAUUAUGGGCCGGAUAAUGCUUGGGCUGAUGCUGUGGACAGGCGGGCUGAGUUGAGGAAGGAGAAGCUCGAGAACGAGCUUAAUGCUUACAGGACAAAUUUGAUCAAAGAGAGCAUUCGAAUGGGAUACAAUGAUUUUGGAGACUUUUAUUUUGCACAUGGUCAGCUUGGAGAUGCUUUUAAGAAUUACGUCCGAACGCGUGAUUAUUGCACGACAUCAAAGCAUAUUGUUCAUAUGUGUCUGAAUGCAAUUUUAGUUAGCAUAGAGAUGGGUCAGUUCACUCAUGUUACAAGCUAUGUUAGUAAGGCUGAGCAAAGUCAAGAUGCCUUGGAUUCCAUUACAAUUGCAAAAUUACGUUGCACUGCUGGAUUGGCUCUCUUAGAAGGCAAGAAGUACAAGCUUGCCGCUCGGAAGCAAGAGGAAGAUCUUAACAACAACAACACAAAGAGGCGUGUGUUUAAAAUACCCACAUGA